AAGAAUUCAAAUAAAGAGCAAACCCUAGAAACCGCAUUUUUCCCUCUCCCCAACUUUCUCUCUCUUUCGCUCUUUCUCUAAGGUUUAUGCGGUAGAUUAAUUAAAGAAAUUUGAGAUCUCUAAUUCGUGUCUCAAUUGAUGAGGAUUAAGUUAUUUUUAGUUCAUUGUUGAUUGAAUUUAAAAAGGGGAAGUAGCGGACAAUAUUUUGUUAAAUUGAAAAGGAAAUAAAGGGGUAACUAUGGGGAAAGUGUCUCCAAAGGAUAGGGAUUCAAAAACCCCCAAGAAGAGAAGGCGGUUAAGGAGCUCGAGCAGUAGGUAUCUGAAACCUGGUGCGCUUGCUCAGCUUAGAUAUAACAAGGCUUCGGCUACAAAGUCAUGUACUGAUCUUGGGAAGAAAAGGGUUGCUGUAUUUACCACCAAGAAGGCAGAGGAAGAUGAUCUCAUGAUUGAAAAUAACGUUAUUGAUAAGAGCCCAUUGCUUUUAUCUCCUGUGAAUUUACUUAAACAGACUCAUUUGGUAAGGACACCAAAGACACCUCGAACUGAAGAUUGUGAAUCUGAGUCUCGGCUUGAGUCUCUUCCCACGGAUUUACUGGUUAAAAUACUGUGUCACCUGCACCAUGACCAAUUGAGGCCGGUUUUCCACGUAUCUCGGAGGAUUAGAAGAGCAGUUUUGCUUGCAAGACAAUUUCACUUUAAUUACACAACACCGGAUCGCUCUAGACAGGAGAUGUUGAGAACAAUGACACCACGGCCUACUGAACACUGGCCUUUUGUUAGCAAGGGGGAAGGGAAGGCUGCUUUCCUGCCAAGCCCACAUACUCCAAAAGCACCAAGGCAUGGUCCCCGGCCACCUUCUCGCAUCAAAGUAACUGAAAUGAAGCAAAUUGCUGCUGUUCUCUUCCAAGAUUCAGCAUUUCCUCCAAGAUGCAUGGUGCCCUCUGCUUUGUCAAAGCCACUGUGCAAAUCAUUGGCUUCUAACCGAGUUUUAUUCUACGAGGAUGAGUUAUGCCAAGCAGUUGCUCAGAAUAAGCUUCGUUGAUCUCUUUCGUAUCCCCUGCUCUUUUUGUAUAUAGUUUGUUUCUAUCCCUAUAUGUUGUCAUAGUUAGGAAAGGAAGCAUGCAAUUUUGUAGCUCUGCUGUGUUAGUAUAAGGAGAUAAGUUUUGCAUAAGAUGUCAAAA